AUGGCAGCCAGAGACCAAGUUCGGGCUUAUGGAGGGUGGCAAUCAAUGUUAGUGAAUGAAAGCUUUAGCAUCCAUAAAGCUUAUCUUAGAAUGAAGGCAGUCUCUGAUAGAGUUUCUUGGAGAAGGGUGAUAAAGGAUAACAGAGCUUCCCCUAGAAGUGUGUUUAUCGUUUGGCUUGCAGCGCAACAAAGGUUGGCAACUACAGACAGGUUACUAAAAUGGCAUAUACAGUGCAAUCCUGUUUGCAAGCUUUGUGAUGAUAAAAACAAAAUAAUUGAGCAUUUGUUCUUUGAAUGUCAAUACACUAAUACAGUGUGGAGCCACCCUCUUAGAGUUAUUAAUAUUCACAGAAGAGGGCAAGGAUUCAAUAUGGAAUUGCAAGCAGCUUGUAGAAAGGCCCAUAGCAAAACUCGAAAAGCUAGAAUUUAUGUUAUGUUGUUCACCGAGGCAAUUUAUAUGCUGUGGCACCAGAGAAAUCAAAAAACCUUCUGUAACACUCUUAUGCAACCUGAUAGAGUUUGCAAAGAUAUUCUAUUUAGAGUGGCAACUAGAUGUAAACAAUGUUGUUAA